AUGAUCUGCCUCUCCAAAGCGGACGAGGCCUCGUUCAAAGAAAUGUCUUUCAACCAGAGCCCUGCUCCCCUGUCCGGCGAGAACACCACUCGCCAGGAUCUCAACGGAAUCUCCAAUCUGCGCGAGCUCGUUUCUGCCGGUCAGAACAGCCACGAGGCAGGUCCCGGAGCAGGAGGUGGAGGCAUGGCUUUGGCGGCAUCUGCUGGUUCCGGUGCUGAUGAAAAGCAUUACCAGGGCUUCCCCCACCCGGGAAGUCCUGGCGUGGGAAGACAGUCUCCUGAACUGUCCUCACGCCACUGGGCGACGUUUGGUGGUGAAGACCAGCGUCUCCUCUCUCAGGCUGCAUCUCCUUUCGAGACUCGGCCCUGCUGCAGUUUCUGGGGAUGGGCUGCCUGGAUAUCCUCCGUCCUUUCCGUUUCCUUCAUCCUGACCUUUGCCAUCGUCUGCUUCUCUCCCUCUUCUUCUUCUGCCCCGAUUACCACUACUACUAUUACUGCUGCAUCUUCUGCACCUGAUGACCUCGCCCCGCGCGAUGAAACCUCCUCACCCUCGCCCGUCACGUUCGCUUCUCUCCUCAGAAAGCGCGACACCUGUGAGCAGGGUGGCGUCAAGGGCGACACCUACGACACGCCCCUGCACGUCGGUGCCCUCCUCCUCAUCUGGUUCGUGUCGACGGCCGGCUCAUCGUUUGCCCUGCUGGCCCAGAAGGUUUCUUGCCUCCGAAUCCCCGCUCGCUUCUUCUUCGUCGUCCGCCACUUUGGAACCGGCGUCCUCAUCGCCACGGCCUUUGUCCACCUUCUGCCCACCGCCUUCGUUUCCCUCAACGACCCAUGCCUGGGAUCCUUCUUCACCGACGGCUACCAGGCCCUCCCAGGGGCCAUUGCCCUAGGUGCCGUCUUCCUGGUCACCAUCAUCGAGAUGGUCUUCCACCCAUCGCGCCACUGCACCAGCGCCUUGCCCCUGACCCGCGGUCCCGACAUCGACAACGACGAUGAGAAGGUGGCCAAGGUCACCCCUCCCGACUCAGAUAUCCCCCGCAGCCCCAUUCAGGGUAUGGUACGCGACCUCGCUUCCCCAAAGGGCCGCACCUCGAGCGUCGGCCGCGCCCUCAGCCACCUCCACAGCAACGGAGAGGCCAGCGACGGCGAGAUGGCCGCCGUCGACAUGGAGCAGCUCUCUGGCCCUGGUCCCAGUGCCGAACAGAAGCUCCGCAAGGAACGCCUGCAGGUCCUCCUGCUCGAGAUGGGUAUCCUCUUUCACUCGGUCUUCAUCGGGAUGUCUGUCAGUGUCGCUGUCGGUACCGACUUCAUCGUUCUCCUCAUUGCCAUUGUCUUCCACCAGACCUUUGAGGGUCUCGCUCUUGGCUCCCGUAUCGCUGCCAUCAACUGGGGAGAGGGCAGCCGCCAGCCCUGGAUCAUGGCUAUCGCUUACGGACUGACCACGCCCCUCGGACAGGCCCUGGGCAUUGCCACUCACACCCUGUAUAGUCCCGACUCGGCCGUCGGUCUCAUCGUCGUCGGUGUCAUGAACUCCAUCUCGGCCGGACUGCUCACCUUUGCCUCCCUUGUCGAGCUCAUGGCCGAGGACUUCCUCAGCGACGACAGCUGGAAGCACCUCCGCGGAAAGUCUAGAGUUCUUGCCUGUCUUCUCGUCUUCGUCGGAGCCUUUGGCAUGAGCCUUGUCGGUGCCUGGGCCUAA